AUGAAGAUUCGUGGAAAAAAACGCAGACAACUGGUGCUCUCGGCUCCCGUUCGUACAAAUGAGUCAAACUCUGCGUUCGUCAAGAAGACACAAAUUACUCGAUUCAAUGUGUAUUUUGAACGCAGACAAAACAAACUAACAGAUUAUAAUACAGCAGUAAAUGCAGGUACAAAAGUAACAUGGGAACAGCGACUGAAGAACCUAGAAGAGUCGAUCAGACUACAACGAGUCACUAACUUUGCACAAUACCCAGGAAAAACGCGCGCAGCAUACAAUCGAAAAUAUCAAAAGGAGUAUGUACACUUCCAGGGAGGGGACAUUGUGAUAGUUUGCUACCAAAGUGAAAUUAAUAAAAUGAAAGCUCUAUAUAGCGGACCAUAUAAAAAACUAAGCAGGGAGGGCAACGGAUGUCUUGUCUGUAACUUUGAUGGCAGCAAAGCCUCGGAAUAUUCUAACUCGGCCAGUGAUAAAAUAAUCGGCCUCAUAAAGAAAGACAAGCUUUGCGAGAAUUCACUCGCAACAGAUCAAUACUACCAGUCGAGAAGAUAUAAUGAUUUCUAUAAAGCAAAUGAUUUGUUAAGUAUUCUUGCU